AUGGCCGGCUUCGCUCAAGAUGACCCGGUUGUCGAGCUCGACUACGGCACCUUCCAAGGCCGCUACAAUGCCCAGUACAACAUCUCCUACUUCCGCAAAAUCCCCUUCGGCGCCUCGACCGCGGGCGAGAACCGCUUCCGAGCACCGCAACCGCCUCCAACAAUAACCAAUGGCACGUACAACACCGACCAGUCCUUCGACAUGUGCCCGCAGCGGACCGUCAACGGCUCAGAAGACUGCCUCUACCUGGGCCUGUACUCGCGGCCCUGGACCGCCGACUCGCCGCUCCGCCCGGUUCUCGUCGUCUUCUACGGCGGCGGCUUCAUCCAGGGCUCGGCCAGCUUUUCGAUCCCGCCACCCAUGUACCCGGUGCUCAACGCCACCUCGGCCAACGACUUCGUCGUCGUCUACCCGAACUACCGCACCAACGCCUUCGGCUUCCUCCCCGGCCGCGCCGUCAAGGACUCGCCCACGGCCGACCUCAACGCCGGCCUGCUCGACCAGCGCGCCGCCCUGCGCUGGGUGCAAGCCAACAUCGCGGCCUUUGGCGGCGACCCGACCGCCGUGACCAUCCAGGGCCAGUCGGCCGGCGGCGGCUCCGUCAUCGCCCAGGCCAUCGCCGCCCAUGACAGCGACGAGAAGCUGUUUUCCCGCGCCCUGCCCGGCUCGCCCUUCUGGCCCAAGACGUACGCCUACGACGCCCCCGAGGCCGAGGCCCUCUACGCCGAGCUCGUCGAGCGCGUGGGGUGCGCGGACCAGGCCGACCCGCUGGCGUGCCUGAAGGCCGCCGACGCGCAGGCCAUCAGGGACGCCAGCCUGGCCAUCAGCGCCCUCAACACCUACACCACCUCUUCCUUCAACUGGGGCCCCGUCAUCGACGGCGACUUCCUCCGCACCCCGCUGUCCGCCGUUGACUCAUUGAACGCCGACGCGGUGGCGUGGUCGACGUUCAACACGCACGAGGGCGAGAACUUCGUCCCGGGCGGCCUGGGCCAGCCGAGCGGCUCCAACGGCUUCAACAACUCCGAGGCCGGCUUCGACUUCUGGCUCAGGGGCUACCUGCCGCGCUUCUCGGACGCCCAGAUCGCAGAGGCGAAGCGCCUGUACCCGGCCCAGGGCGAUGCGGAAGAGGCGGCGUGGAAUACGACGACCGUCAGGGCCGGCAUGGUGUUUAGGGAUUCCGUCCUGGCCUGCCCGGGCCUGUGGCUCGCUGAGGCUGCUGCUGGGGAGAAGAAGGGGUAUUUGAGCGAGUACACCAUCAGCCCCGCCAAGCACGGGAGUGAUACGCAAUUCUGGAAUCAAGUGAACGCGGUCCAGAAGUCGCAGCCCGUCACCUACAACGGAUUGGCGGGUGCAAUGGCCAGCUUCUUCCAGACAGGUGAUCCCAAUGCUCAUAAGCUGACUGACGAUUCACAAGCCGCUGUUCCCGAGCUCGACGAGGGGAAGGAAUGGGUGGUGAAAACCGAAACUUUUGAAAAGACGGACAUUGACAGACUGAAGACUCGGUGUGCCUUCUGGAGAGAGAAUGCCCAGGACAUACCACUAUAA